AAAAUGAUCCAAUGAUGUUUUUUAAAGGGGAGGAAGUAGAUGAUGAAAGGGACAGCUCCUUUGAUGUUGUAGGGAAGUAUGAAGUGCGAAUAUGAAAAUGAAUAGUAUUAGCAUUCCUAUAUCAAGUAAACGAAGAAAUGAAAAUCAGCCACCACAAAUAACUUCCGCGUUAAAUUAACCACAAUUAGCAGCUUAACAAGAACAACAAUCAUCCUGGGAUCACAGAGAUUAGCAAUUUUAUAUGCGUUUCCUGCAUUUAAUUAAUCAGCUGAGAGAGAGAGGCAUUGAUUUUCGUAUAUAUUUUAAACGCGCGGAAGGCAACAUAUUGAAGCAAAACCCACGUCAGGAUCUUGUUAUUUAAUUCCCCAAAUACUGUAGAAGUUUCUUGAAACGGAAGAAGGAGUCGUUUAUAAUAAUCAAAGGGAAUGGCGAGCAGUGAAGAAAUCAUGGAGGUCGAAGAUUCCAACGGAGAUUCAUACCGUAAUAAGGUUAAACAACGGUUGAAAGAUCGAUCAAAGAAAGUUGCUCAAACAAAGGAGAUGAUAUCGAAGCAAGCAGUUCAGACGAAGGAGAUCUUGUCGAAGCAAGCUGUUAAGAUCGCUAAACAGGCUGAAGAGCAUGAAAGCUUCAUCAAUAAGGUGACGCACUUGCUUGGUGUUCUUGGCUUCGGAGGCUUCUGCUUCAUCUUGGGUGCAAGGCCACAGGAUGUUCGAUAUCUGUAUUGUUUGUUCUAUGUGAUUUUUGUCCCACUUCGAUGGAUUUAUUACAGAUACAAGAAAUGGCACUAUUAUCUUCUUGAUUUUUGCUAUUAUGCCAAUACAAUAUUCCUGAUCAUGCUUCUAUUUUAUCCCAGAAAUGAGAAACUUUUCAUGGUUUGCUUCUCAUUUGCAGAGGGGCCGUUGGCAUGGGCACUAAUCGUUUGGCGUUGUAGCUUAGUUUUCAAUUCCAUGGACAAGAUUGUAAGCGUAUUUAUACAUAUCUUGCCCGGGCUGGUUUUCUUCACGAUCCGAUGGUGGGACCCAGUGUUCUUUGAAGCGAUGCAUCCAGAGGGGAAUGCUCGUAUAGGAUCGUGGCCCUAUGCAGAGACUAAAUCAUACCUGUGGACAUGGCUUUUCAUUGUUCCUUUAGUAGCUUAUGUUAUCUGGCAGCUUCUUUAUUUUCUGAUCGUGAAUGUACUACGCGGACAGAGACUGCUGCGAGAUCCAGAAGUGAUGACCUCUUACAGGGAACUGUCGAAAAAAGCACAGAAAGCAAACAACCUGUGGUGGCGCUUGAGCGGAUUGCUGGGAGAUCAGAACCGGAUGUUUAUGUACAUUCUGCUUCAGGCAGUGUUCACCGUGGCCACAACAGCGCUUACUGUCCCGAUAUUCCUAUCGUAUGAACUACACGUGACGUUCCAACUGCUCAAGGUAUCAGCAGCCGUAUGGAAUGGAGGUAACUUUCUUCUAGAAGUGAUGCCGAGGCAGGUGAUUCUCAAGCAGCAAAAGAAGAUAGAAACGCGGCCUAUAGUGCUCGAAGCUCCGAUCGACUCUUCGGAGGCAACAGAAUCUCAGUAGCAGUGUACAAUUUAAGUCUUUGUAAAACUGGUCGUGUGGUGUACUAUGUGAUCAGAAAUUUGUUUCAUUUCUAUAGAAUUUUCCUUCUUGUUUACUUUGGUAACCUUUUUUUUUGUUUUAUCUAAUCAUAUAGAUUUGGUCUAAUAUGUAGCUUAGGAGGAAAAGAUUGAACAAAAUUAUGCUCUCUUUUCUGGUUUGUUGUAGAAUUACUGAAAUUUUUUGUAGUUGGAAUUGCCAGUGUUGCUUGUUUU